AUGACAACAAAAAGACCAUCCUUCAAAGAGAGAGCUUUUGAGAAGCUUGGUUUUACUCCACGGUUUCGCAGUAAUACUGAAUCUUCAACUGGUGAUGAUAACUCCAAGACUACCUGGUAUACACACUCUAUGGACCUUGACCCUGACAGUGAGUCAGAGGUCAAUGACAACACAGGGUCAUGUGACUCUGGGUUAAUUUCAGUCAGUUCCAAUGGAGACAAUGUGAGUGCUGCUGGAGGCCAGAAAAUACCAGACAAAAAGCCCAAGAAAAUUAAGCCUGAUGGUGCAGAUGAGUAUUCAGUAAAAGACUCAGAUACCUUAGAGAGCAUAGCAGCAUUUUUUGACACAACUCCUUCUGAGCUGAAAAAACUGAAUCGGUUAACAAGUCGCCUGAUAUUUCCUGGGCAGGUGCUCUUUGUUCCGAAGCCAGAGGAGGUAUUAGAGGAAAUAAAACCACAAGCAUCCUCUCCAAAGGGGUCGGAAACAGCCGAUACAACAGAACAUCGACCGUGUAUGGAUAUUCCUUUAGUAAAAAUGGCUGACAAGCCACCUGCAAAAAUUCCAGGACAUAUCGAACGUCAAACAUCAACGACAUCCCCCAGCCAAGAUGAGUCACCACACAAACUAUCAGAAGAAGAAGCAAAACAGCUGGACCAGGAGUGUCACGAACGCUUCAUCAAGGUCCGAGUGAAACACAUCACAGAUGGACAGGGAGUGGUCAGUGGGGUGCUGCUGGUUACUCCAAAUGCUGUCAUGUUUGAUCCGAAUGUGUCCGAUCCUUUGGUGUUGGAGCAUGGAGCUGAACGUUAUGGUGUGAUAGCUCCGAUGGACAUGAUCGUCAGCGCUGCUAUGUACCACGAUAUUGCUGCGAUGAGUAUUCAUGGAGACAAAGGACACACUAAUGAUGCACCAAAACCAGAGAUCUACCAUGACCUGAGCUGUCCACUCUAUAAGUCAUGGGUUGAAGGUCACGCUGAGCUGAUGAAACAGAACCCACAGUCCUGUGCAUCUAAAGUUGGUUCACCAAGUCGCAGCGCAACCAUUAACAGUGAAAUGUCAGAUACUGGAAGUUUGUGUUCAUGUGGGCAAGGAGUAAAUGCCCCAGGGCUUUCUCCUGGCAGUCAGAGUGCAGGAGGUCUGUCUCCUGCUGGUAAAAAUGAGACACGUCUUUCUCCUGGCUGUCAAAGUACGUCAGGUCUGUCUCCUAUCAAUCACACCACAUCUGAUGUUUCACCUGUAAGACUUUCACCAAAUGAGGACAAACCAGUGAACAGGGAGUCAGAAGAUGAUGUCAUGCUGCUUGAUUUAGACAUCAAACAUGGUGAUGACAAUUUUUCCCAAGUAGAUGCUGAUAAAUUAAAUGUUGGAAAAGGGAGAAGCACAUCCAUGGAUGAAUUUGGAGAAUUCAUAAGUGCAGAUCCAACUGAAACUAACCAAUCAGAGAACAAGCUGUUGCAACAGGAUAAAAUAGACGAAUCGGAUAGUGAUAACCAUAAUUUAAAUCAAACUGCUAGUGUUGAUGCAGAGGAAGGAAAGAUUGGACUGAUACAGUUAGAUUCCUUGCUGUCAAGGGGAGAUAACUCUAACAGUGAAGAACUAACUGCUUCUUGUCAGGAAUUAAUGGUUGGCAAUAAUGAUGAUGCAAAUUCUUUUCACUUUGAAAACACUAUGGCUGUGGAACGUGUUUUAUCAGUGCAAAGCGCUGUGAAUUCAGAAAAAAAUGAAAACACUGAAAAUGACUCUACUAUGGAACAGAUCGGCAACAUUGUCUAUUUGCCUGUUUCUGAGGACCAACAAGGGGCAAUAACUCUGAGUGAUGUGGAAACAGCACAGGACAGACUCAGUAAGAUUAGUGUGGACAAGUUUGAACAGGAGGAUAAAUCUGUCUCAGAAGCUGUGGAUGUUCCAGGGUCAAACAAAGCCUCAACAGGUGAUGCAAGGCAUUCAGGUUCGUUUGGAUCAUUCAAUGUUUCGCCACAUUUGAGUGCAUUUGUCAAUUAUGCAACUGGAUUAUUCAAAACUAAUGCGGAAGUCAAAGACAUCUGUGAAGCCAUGUCAGAAAUGGAAACGCAGGGGAAGGAAGGUGUUGUCAGUACUCCACAGACAGAAAAUAGCAUUCAAAGGAGCACAGUAAAGUCAGGAUUGGAAGUUGAAAAUGCGAUAAAACUGACAGAUAAACCAGAACUGUUUCAGUCUUUUGAUGGUAUAGAACUAAUUCCCAAACCAGCAGCAACCUUUGAUGAUCUCCCUUUAUACCUGUGUUUACGCCUUGGCAUGCCUAUUAACAAGGAGAUUUCUCAGACAUGCCCCAUACAGGCCUAUGGCAAGGGUCGUAAAAAACCAGAGUACUGGUUUUCUAUACCUCGUGAGAAAGUAGAUCAUCUCUAUGCCUUUUUUGUACAAUGGACGCCACAGAUUUACGGAGGAGAAGAUGACAUUGCUGAAAAAAGAGGAUUUGUUGUCCUGAACGAGGAGGAGGAUGAAGAAGAAGAAAAACUGGAAAUGAUGGAUGAGUACUUCAGUAAUGGCAUGCUGCAGAAGGACUGGGAGAGAUUGGAUCCAGAAGAAUUUUGGAUUAUAAGUGCCGAUGAGAUGGUGAACAGGAAAAAAACUUGUGAACCAGAGGUCCUUCCUGAACUUAUAGGACAGUCCAAGAUUAUGGAGGAAAAACACAUUUACAUGUUAAAUCGAGUUUUGCCCCCACGUACAAUUGGCUAUCCAUGGAUGAUGAUCUACAGUACAGAGCAGCAUGGUUUUAGUCUUCGUACGCUGUACAGGGACAUGCAAGGGAUUGACAGUCCUAUCCUACUCGUGGUACAUGACACUUCAGACAAUAUAUUUGGAGCAGUGACAUCACAAGCUCUUAAGAUGAGUGAUCAUUUCUAUGGAACUGGUGAAUCCUUCCUGUACACCUUUUAUCCUGAAUUCAAGGUCUUCCAUUGGACAGGGGAAAAUGAUUUCUUCCUCAAAGGCAAUUCAGAAAGUCUUUUCAUAGGAGCUGGACAAGGAAAUUUUGGACUCUGGUUCGAUGGAGAUAUUUACCAUGGCAGAACCCAACACUGUGAAACAUAUGACAAUGAUAUCUUGACGUGUUCAGAAGACUUUGUGGUCAAGACACUGGAAGCCUGGGCUUUCUUCUCUGACUAGAAUAUCUCAAAAUGGAAACAAGGUCUACAUUUUCACAUUAAACCGUAAACUUUGACUGUUGUAAGACAAUCUGUCUUGACUAAAGUACUCAUACAGUCAUGAAAAAUAUACAUGGAAGAAAAACAGUGAUGUAUACAUUGUU